GGAGGGGAGGGGCGGUAACGAAGGCCAUGCAAGGGUAUAAGAACUGCCACGACUCGCCCCUCUCGAUCAGUCUGUUCAGCCGGGCAUCAGGUGUUCGCUGUAUACAAGAUGGGAAAUCGGUUCUUGAUAUUGCUGUGCGUGAGCGUGGGCGUGGUGCUCUCCCGUCCUUCGGGCCAAGCGGUGCCCGAAGUCAACACUCAAAGACAGGACGUCGUCCGCGCUGAGGAUGACCCGUUCAUCCUGGCUCUUCCCGUUAAGCACAAGGACGCACAGACACCAGGAACCGCUAACCAGAUCGAACCCAGCGACGCCGUUUCAGACAAGAGCCCAGAUGAACAGGCUGGCGACGACCUGAUCAUUUCUGUUGAUCCUGAGGCUGCUCAGAGAGCUGCUGACGACUUGACGGUCAGUCAGGCAGUUGCUGACGGCCAGGGAAACAAUGAGAAUGAAGCUCAUGAAGAAACUGCUGGGAUCCAGGGCGAAGUUGACACCAGUCCCAGUCAGGUAGAUGAUGUUGAGUUUAGCGAAACAGCGCACGCGAAUGAAGAAGUCGGCCUUUCUGCAGCGGCCGCCGAAGAGAACGAGCAAGGAACCGUCGCAGAAAACGCGGCACAACAGCCUGUCGACGAAGGGGUGACCGCAGAGGAGACUUUCGCACAGGACCAAGUUUCUAACGACCACCAGGAAGGAGUCAGCGAAAAGUCCCUGGACCAGGCCAUCAUCGGCGAGCAGAAUGCGGCCGACAUCACCUUCGUGGAAAAGGUGCCAAGAGGCCAAGAAAUCCCUGCCGAGCUCAUCACCUCUGCGGUUGAAGCAAGCAAUGUUGCAACUCUGAUUGAGGAGGAGGAAGUACCUGCCGAAGCCGCAGCUGUUGAGGAGCAAAACAUUGCAGAAUCUACAGACGUGGAAACGCAGGAAGCAGUCUUUACUGAAACCGCAGCUGCAGAAGCCUCUGAAGUAGUACAGAAUGAUGCUGAAUCUGCAGUUGCUGAAGAAACUGCUGCUGUGGCUGACCAAAACCCUGCCGAAGCCACAGCCGCAGAAGAAAACAAUGUCGAAGUGAACUCAGCAGUCAAAGAACCGAACACUGCCGAAGUCGCAACAGAAUUAGAACAACACGAAGAACAGCAGAACGUAGAGAAGAGAACUCCGGAACAGGAACCUGCUGAAGAACCACAGGCAGAACAAGAACCUGCUGAAGAACCACAGGCAGAACAAGAACCUGCUGAAACGGAAGUGAGUGAACAAAGCCAAGUCGACGAACAGAGAAGUCAGCCGAAAAAUGCUGAAGAAGCUGAAGAACAGAAGAACGCAGAGACAAACGAAGAACAACAGGCGCAGAAAUCACAGAACGCCGAAGAAGAGAGAGCGCAGGAACCCAAAACCGAACAGCAAACAGAAGAACAGUGAAAUGCGCCCCCCCCCACCCACCUCACAAAAACAACAACAACAACAACAACAACAACAGCUAAACCUUAAAAUACGUAAAAGAAGAACAACACAUGACCCCCCACCCCACCCCAUAAAAAAUAUCUAUCUAUCUCAAAAGACCGAAAAGUUUCCGCUAAACUAUAAAAAAAGUAUUAUGCUUCUUAGCUUGAACUUUGUAGCGUAACACGGUCACCGCUUGGUUAUAAUAGUCUACCCUCUGCCUGUUUUCUGUCUUUAGCUUAUGGCUUUGUAUGAUAUGCACUUCUGUGUGGUGUUAUUUAUAAGAAAUGACAAUGAUACCUGUAUAUAAUGCAUGACUGUAGAGUGCCUUUUCCAAAUAAAAAACCAACAUCGAUAUACCUAUUUUA